AUGAUCAAGGGCAAGACCAUCGCCGUCAUCGGCGACUCGCUCACGGCCGCCAACUUCGUGCCCUCUCUGCUGUGCCAGAUCAGCGAGGUCACGACGGUCAAGAACGGGUCGCGGCGCACGCUGAGCGGCGGCAGCGGCGCGCAGUAUAUGCCGCCCAUGGUGGCGUUCUAUUACGACAUCCCCGCGUUCGGCGCGCGCAUCGUCAGCAUCUGGGACGACUACCUCAUGCGCACCUCCACCGACAAGGGCAUGAUAGCCAAACUGGCGACGGGGUUCACGCCCGGGCCGGACGACGCAAUAAUCGACGUGGAGACGGUGAACCCGCAGUGGGGCGACGUGGUGGGCGAGUGGCACGCCGUGCUGCUGGAGACCACGUCGCACUGGCGCGUGGUGCCUGACGCGCCUCGCCUCAUCUUCACCAACGACGACUGGCAGACGCUCAACGGGGUCGACCCCUACAUGGCGCACGCGCGCGCGCUGAAAACGAUAGCCAACUUCUUUGAGGCGCGGCGGCAGGCGGGGAAUGCGUUCCCUGUGCCCUUCUUCAUGACGGCGCCGCCGCAGCACUCCGCCAAGAAGAUCGGCGGCAGCGGCGUGUGCGGGUCGCCGGGGCGCGUGCUGAACGAGAAGGAGAUCGACAAGAUGCUGCGCACCAACGUGCAGCUCUCGCGCUAUUGGCCCAUGCAGCGCGCCGCGUUCCCCGAGGGGUCGGCGGUGCGGCGGUUUGACAUCACGCUCGUGAGCGCGUACCGGCCCGAGGCGCACUGCGGGAUCUACUCGAAAAAGAACAAUGUGCGUACCUCUGAAUCCUCUCUCCUCUCGCUCCUCUCGUCCCUCUCACCCCUCAACCCUCUCACCCCUCGCACUCCUCGCAAUCAUGCAAAACGAAUUGCAUUUCCAGUUUUGGUGCAUGUUUGA